CCGUAUAUUCUUCUCUUCACUAAAUUUGAAAGCAGAACCCGAAAUUCAAGAAUUAAUUUAGCAAAAGCAAAGAGACACUCAAACGACGCCGUUUUUUCCUUCACCGGAGCUGUCUGUUGCUAUGGAAACCGACGAGGAGCAGCCGCGUUUGCUUCCAUUUCAGCUUCAGUUCGACAAACCAGUCGCCUCUCAGAUUAAAAUUGCAGAAUGGAAUCCAGAGAAGGAUUUAUUAGCUAUGGUAACCGAAGAUUCUAAGAUUUUACUCCACCGCUUCAAUUGGCAGCGGUUAUGGACUAUUUCUCCCGGAAGGUGCAUUACAUCUUUGUGUUGGCGUCCUGAUGGUAAGGCAUUAGCUGUUGGACUUGAUGAUGGAAUUGUUUCGUUUCAUGAUGUUGAGAACGGAAAGUUAUUGAGACGGUUGGAGCCUCAUACUGUUGCAGUUGUGUGUCUUAACUGGGAGGAAGAUAGGGAACUUAAUAGAGAGGAUUCUAGUGACUGCAUUACAUUUGAGGAUCGUACUCCCCGUUUCUUUCCUGUUGCUCCAACUCCCCCUCGAAUGCCUGGUGUGGUGUCAGGAGAUACCGGUUUCAUCGAUGACAGUGAAGAUUCUUAUCAAGAGUUGUCAAGUUCCUCAUACCAAAGAUUUAAUGUUCUGUGCAGUGCAGACAAAGAUGGAAACAUUUGCUUUAGUGUAUUUGGAAUAUUUCCAAUAGGGAAAAUUAACAUACACAAUUUUUCUGUUUCAACUUCACUUGUCGAUAAGCAAUCAACGUACCAGCUUAUGAAGGCCUCCACUUACAAGGUUGCUUUGUCAAAAGACCUUUGUCAUUUGGCUGUCAUGUGCUCAGGAGAAUUUAGGGAAAAUAUGGUUGAAUCAAGGGAAAGUCAAAUGCCCGGGCAUAACAUGCAUGGUUCACAUGUCUUAGUGCUUGAUACUUCUAUAUUUAUGAAGAGGAAGAAUGAACUCCAUCAGUUGGCUCAACAAGCUUCUAACAUUGAGGAAUUAAUUGAGGUUAUCAGAGCAUCAUUAUCAGUGAUGUCAAAGCAGUGGUCAGAUGCCAUGCACACAUUUCAAGAGAAAUUUGGUUCUCUAUCUACUUUGAUUGUCGACCAUGCCCUAGAGUCUUCUCCCCAGGAGGAGUUUCUGAGUCUUUUAUGUGGUACUCGAACUAGUCCAGCAGUACAUCAAUUUCUAGUUAAUACACUUGGUGAAGUGGGUGUCAAGCGUAUAUCAAAAGUUGUUUGUGGUGCUGGAAAAGAACUUCAGCGUAUUGUUAUUGAUCAUAUGCAGGUUGCGCUAUGGCAUUUCUUUUUUGCAGUUAAUCCAAUAUUAGUUAGAAGUUCAUUACUUCAUAUUCAUUCUACAUUAAGUGAGAGAGCACUUCAUAUGAGGUGGAUCCAUAACCAGAUUCGUUGUCUUGAUCCUGCUGCAGAAAUGAUUGCUUUUAGGAUGGGAGAAUUAAGAGGUCUUUCAAGAUGGAGGGCACGGUACGGAGUUAUUGGUUUGGAUGAGACGCUCAUCAGUAGUGCAACUGAAAAAUCUGGCAUGAUACUAGUACAAAUUGAACUAUUUAUGAGGGUGGUUUCAUCUGUGGAGCUACAGUUUUCAAAUUUCUUCAGCUGGCUUCUUAAAUGUAUAAAGCUACUUAUGCAAGAACCAAGUGAUCAGCUUAUGCCAUACAGCGGUGAACUCGUUAUCAUAUUCUUGAAGUUCUUAUAUGAUCAAGAUCCGGUUAAGGAGUUACUAUCUGAAGUUGGGCAUGAUAUCGAAGUUGACUUGGCCGCCGUGCAAAGAGUUAAAGAAUUAGUGCUGUUUGGAGGAUUUUCAGAUUGCGAGUUUCUUCAAAGGACGUUAGCUAAAGAAUUUCAAGAAAUGGCGUCAAGCUUCAAGAAGGCGUUUCAGAUGCCCUUCAUUACAAUCUCAAGAAAAAUAGUUUGCAAAGGUUUGCUGCCACUGUUUCCACUUCCAUCUUCCCCAGCAUCCAUGCCAGUUCGCAUGUCAAUAUCAUACUAUGAGGAUGAUUCUCUAUCUGUUUCAUCUCAACAAAACUGUCAACACGGCCUUGUUGAUUACGUGUGCUUCCAAAUGCCAAAUGAACCUUCAUCAGAUAUUUCAAACCAUAUAGGCAUAGUGAGAGGAUUCAUGGAUAAUUCGAGCACUUUAAAGAAGGGAUGUAAUACUUCACUGGAAGCUGUAUUAUUGUCUAUACCUGCUGGUUACAACUGUGUCGAUCUCUCUUUAUACAAGGAUACUCAAGUUGUCUUGCUAUUAAACAAGACUGAAACAUCAUCUGAAAGCUCUGGAGAGGCUCGUAUGAUGGUUGUGCAAGCGAGUGAGCUUCCAUUUGCAUCUAUUUCGAGAUCCACUUCUCCAAACAUUUGGAAAAUGCAUCAACUAAAGGAUUCUGCUGUGGAACUGCAAAUCGAGAAUGAAAAAGUUCGCUGCAUACCUCAUUCUGUUAUUGCUCCCUUGGCAGUUAGUGCAUCUAGAGGGGUAGCCUGUGUUUUUGCUGCAAGAAAGCGAGCUUUGGUUUACAUCCUGGACGAAGAUGAAGACGAUGCUCCAGAAACAGAAUGACUGCCCCUUUAACGGGUUAAAGUAUUCUGCGGUUAUCUAAUUAUAGGCUUUCAACAUAAUAGUUAUCAUCGUUUCAUUUGUUAUAUUUUGUUAACUGAACUUCUCUUUUUACAUGGGCCAAAAAUUGCUUAUCUGGCAAUAUGCAUGAAAUGAUGGUAACGUUUUGUAAAAUACUUGUAGUUCGGGGAACGUGAAAAAAAAAAAUCCCUCCCAUGAAUUUUGUCCGCACAUCAAUUCUGUAAAUUGCAGUACAUGUAGUUUAGUUGGAUUUUUUUUUAA